GUUUCUUGUUUCACACAAUUAAUAAAUUUUUUGGCACUUGAAUUAUUUUACGUGAACCGUGACGAGAAGUUAAAGUAAAGUGAGCGUAGUUAACUUCUGUGUUUUCGUCAAUUUUUCUAAAUUUAUAUUUUUCCAAUUAAAUUAAAAGAAAACCUUUCAUCAAAAUCUAACAAAAUCCAUAUUAAAAAGUCAAUUAAAUUCUCCCCAAAUCAUAAAAAACACGAUACAAAUUGUGCGUAGAAUGUUGAAAAAUUGUGAAUUAAAAUAAUAGCAAAUUACAAUCCCCGUCGUCAUCGUCGUCGCACAUCAGGUCUCCGUGUCCGUCCUCCUCCUUCUUCUUUGCAAUAUGAGUUCAAGAAUCAAGGAGGAUGUGAAAAAAAUAUUCGAGUUCUGGUGCGAAGUGACACGAGUCAAGGAUCCAGCUUCAAAAAACUCUGGUGUAAUCAUCGAAUCGUUUCCGGAGAGUUUCAACGAUCAAGAGAUCAUAUCGAAAAUCCCAGAUUUUGCUUAUCCCUGUGAUUGUGAAAGUGAAUCUGUUGAAACUUAUUCAUUUGUGUUAACGAGUGAAGUUUGGCGUUUUGGCUUUUGUCGUCAUGACCCAAAGACAGAAACGGCUAUGGUCAUCAUCACCUACCUGCCAUGGCAUGAUACGUUCCUUAAGCUAAUGGGAGUGCUGGUAACCCUGCGGCGAAAUGAUAAUUCCAACUUCCAAACAUUUCUAUCCGAAGCUUAUAACAGAGGUGUUCCCGAUCUCGGCGGUACUUUGAAUAUCUUUUACAAUGGUGGACGUGAUCAUUUUACGUUCCAAAGACCAUUGCAGUUCAAAUUACCAAGUAUUCCCGAUAACCACAAUUUAAGUCUCUAUUAUAACUUUGCGACUCCAAAGAACAUGAUAUCAGUAUUCGCUUCUAUGUUAGCGGAACGUAGAAUAAUUUUUACAUCACGAAGUUUGGAUAAAUUGUCGUCUUGUGUGCAAGCGGCCAAUGCCUUUCUAUAUCCAAUGGUGUGGCAACAUAUUUUUAUUCCACUUCUUCCAAUGAAACUCAAGGACUUCUUGAGUGCUCCGAUGCCCUAUUUAAUUGGAGUACCUGAAGCAGUACUCGAAACUAUGACACCGGAAGAAUUGGGUGAAGUUGCAAUUUUAAACUGUGAUACAAAAAUAUUCGAGAGCCCAUUCGAUGAUGUGCACGAUAUGCCACCAGAGAUAGUCUCGCAUUUAAAGAAACACUUAAAUAAUAGUAAUUCCCAUGAGCAUGUCAACGAUCGUGUUUCGAAGAUAUUUUUGGGAGUUUUAGUGCAAUUAAUUGGAGGCUGGCGAGAUGCUGUAGAAUUUGGCGAUAAGAAAACAUUCAAUCGAGAUCGUUUCAUCGAAACACGGCCACAUCAUUUGAGGCCGUUCUUAGGCCGAAUGAUGGAUUUACAAUUAUUCCAACAAUUCAUUGAUGAACGAUUGCAAAUGCUCAAUACUGGUUUAGGAUUUUCCGAUGAAUUCGAAUUGGAAACUGUGAGAUAUUCGGAGAAGAUAAAGAAACGGGGGAGAAAUUAUUAUUUCUUGAAAAAUGUCAAAGAUAGGCUUUUAUUAAGAACAAUAUGGAUGAAGAGACUAAAAGCGACUAAUCCAGCUGUUAAAUCUGCUGUGAAAUCGGUGAAAGAAGGCUCUCGGGGAGUGAAGACAGCUUACAAAGAUCUCAAGUCGAAAUUCCGUGACAUAACACCACCGAAUACGAAUUUCCAAUCGCACGUAUCGAGUUCACAUCACGACGGUAUCGAUGGCCUCAGUGGCAGAAAGGCUGGGCCCCAUUCGGCGCCAAGUUCGCCGAUCUUCAAUAAGCGAAGUGGUUUCGCCUAUGCUACGCCCGAUGUAAUCAGCGGAGCAGCCACUGCCAUUCGAAAACCACUGGCCAUGUCAAGUUCAAAUUCGAAAAUCACACAGAAUGGUUUCGCCAACUAUGCGAACAGUGCUCCUGUCUACAAUAAUCACCUCGAUACGAGUCCAACAAUAAGUCCGGCUGGUUCGAUGUGUUCGUCGGAGAUGAAUCUCUCCCAAGAGCUGCAGAAUCAUCCGCUCUUCAAGAGUCCAACGGUCGAUAGAAGUCUAAAGCCCAGUAGCAGUCUAGAUCUUAACUACCGAUCAAGUGCUGUUAAAAGUGGUGCUCCAAUUGUUCGUACACUGCCUCCACAUAACAAUCAUCAUUACCAUCAAUACCACAACCAUUAUUCCCAUUCACCGGCGCAGCAGGCGCCAGCACCCCCAAUCAUGACUAGUACUUCUACGACUACCACCACAAGCAGUCAACAACAAGUGGCACAAGCACAAACUCCCAACCAACCAAAUAGUCAUCGAUCAGUUGUUGUUGGUGGACAAAAAUAUAACAACAACACAAACAACACAAUUCAAGAGGAACGGCAAUCGGUGGUGUGUAAAUUUGUGACAACAGAUUCUGCGUUUGAUAGUCCGCCAAAUAUGAUGUCACCACCGGUGCCGCCACGUCGGAAUGGGGGUGUGGGACUCCGUAGGCACACAUCGUCGCGGACCGAACGCACUUGGAUUGGAUUCGAUGGUCCGGCAAAUGGUCAGCCGCCAGUUCCGGCACCGCGACUUAAAAAAGAGAAACAAAGGCAAGGAUAUCCCAUCACCCAUUCAGCCAGCCACACAGCUGUGAUGAAUGAUCUUAUAUCGCUGGACGAUAGCAGUAGCACAAGUUUUGAUCUGGAAGACUUCGAUCCACUGAAUCAAAAUGCCAAACCAUUGCCAACAUCAACAGCAUCAUCAACGAUGGCAUUGAAAACACGUUUUCUAGCACCACCACCGCCGCCACAUGCUUCGCCUGCUGGCCAGAGUACAAAAUCCACAACGCUUCCAGCUUCAUCAGCCUCGAAUAUAUCCGGUGUAAGCAAUCCUCUCUAUCCCUACUUUACACCACAACAUCGAAGUACCCUGCCAUCGGACAUGAAUGGCACCAACAACGCCAGGGAUGAUGAUUUCGAACUCUUACGCAAAUAUGGUCUUGAUCAGUUUUCCUUUACAAGCGAACCCAGCACUUCAAGUGGAUUGAGUAGCUCAACUUUGAAUAGAAUGCCACAGGCAACGGCUACCGCCGCCGCCAGUAUGAAUAAUUGGACAACUUUUGAAUAAUUCAAAUUAUUAUUUAGUAUGACUGUGUGUGUAAGAUAGAUUAAAAACAACAAAAAAACCAUAAUGCUUUAAACAAUGUUCUUGUUAAAUUAUCUGUAAUUAUAUAAUAUAUAUAUUUUUUUUUGUUUCAAAAAAAAGUUAUUUAAA